UACAAAUUAUUUAUAUAGAUGUCGCUAAAUCCUUUUAAAAGGAAUUUUUGUAUCUUGCAAGUAAUAAAUGAAUUCGUAUGAUCGAGGAAGAAAAACGGCGAAAGCGCGAAAAUGAAUGAAAAUUUAUUGAGGCGGAUAAAAGGCCAGCUGAACGCCAAGUUUUACGUAAUGAACGAUAUAUGGUUGAGAGAUUGCGUCGAGUUCUUCAUCAGGGACAAAGCUCCUCAUGAAAUGACAGACAGACACAUUUUCGAAUUUGUGGAAGGCCAGUGGCAGCUGAGCGACUUACGGGAGAUCAGCAAUGAGAAUGGAUGUCUGCCCAGGAAUCUCACACAACAGAUGCGCACUGUAUUGAGUGGUACUUAUAUCCUCCAGGUGGAUAAAAUGUAUGACAUAGCGAGCUCCAAGUAUAAGCAGUUGUGUGAGAUUCGCAAGGUCAGCAGUGAAAAUCUCGAGGUGACAGAAAAAGAGGAGUCCGAGAAGGCAGAAUGGCAACCCAAAGGCAGAAGAAUGAUGCAGCUGUGUCUCACCGAUGGAGUACAGGAUGUCACGGCGAUAGAGUACACACCAGUCAAGCAGAUAACUGGUACGUUACUUCCUGGCUACAAGGUGAUGAUAAUUGGCCCGGUCGAUUGUAGACGCGGCGUUAUACUCUUGCAAGAUGGCAGGUACAAGGAAGUCGGCGGAGAAGUCGAAUCUCUGUUAAAAUCCAACGCGCUGGAGAACGUCCUGGCUAGAGCUCUUGGAGAGCCGGAGAAUCCCGAUCCGUAUAAUGAUAAUGGGCUACCGAGAGCUCCGAAUCAGAAUCCCCAGAAUGAACCAGCAUCACAUCCUAGCGGCGAGGACAGUUUCUUCGACGACGACUUUGAGCAAGCUAUCGAUCUGGAAGCAGUGACGGCGAUCGAGCAACAAAGUCAAGAAGUAAUUGAAGUCAUUCAAGAUAGUUUCGACAGCACUCGCGAUCGAAGACAGAUAAUUGAAGAAGAAAGAAGCGAGAACAUAGAAGAACCCUUGCAAGAUAUAAAUUUCGAACCCUUAGAAGAUUGGCCCAGUAAUCCCCCCACAAGAUCUUUACGAGCGUUGCCUGUGUCGCGGAUGGCAGUUGAAGAAUUCAACGGGGAGGAUGACAUAAUGGUCGAGGAAGCAUCAACUUCCGCAUGCAAUUCUCGCAGCAAGCCGCUAUCUUCUGCGAAUUCUCUCGGGAACAAGAGCGCCUCAGAAUUUCCUGAUGACGAUUUCGAUUUCGACGAUUACGAGAUGAUAGUUGAACCAGUGAACCAGAGUCAACAGAAGAAAAAUCCCGCGAAGAGUGGAACAUUUUCCAUGCAAUCAGCGUCCAACUCGAGGUCGGCGAAUCGCGAUACACAGGCGGAGAUUAAGAAAUCUGUUCCCGCGAAGGCUGCAGCGGCACAAAAUAAAGAGCCUAUGCCGAGCACUUCGAGAAUGAACCAAGAAAUACCGAAGACCAGGGUGAUCCACGACUUCUUCAAGCCUCCACCACCACCACCAAAGAUCUGCGACGUCCUGAGUGACGUACUGCGCGAGUCUGUUAGAGGAAGGAUGCAUAGAACGGUGAGAGGCCAAGUAAAAACUCACUCGACGUUGACGAAGCAGGGUAAAUGCUGGGUGCUAACGGCGCUGAUCGCAGACCACACCGCCAGCGUAGAAGUCUGCUUCGACUCUGAGCUCCUGGAGAGGUUCCUCGGAUUUACCGUGCAGGAGUUUUCACAGAAGAGGAAGCUCUGUAAAUCGAAUCCUCAGAUAAACGACGAACUGCGACUGAGCCUACGCAAUGCGCAACAUCAAAUUCAGAGCUUGGACGCGCUGUUGAAAUUGGAAUUGGUUCAGAAUCAAACGCCCAAGGUCGUCGAUAUCACGCCACUGACUCCGCAGCAGAAGGAAGCUCUUGCGAGGAAGCCUCUGUAAGAUUUGAUCGUGGAAUGUGCAGAUUGUGGGAGCAAAAUUUAAAAAGAUUUAAUACAAGUGUGAAACAACCAGUGAAUCGCAGGUAAUAAUUGCGAAGAAAUGAUAGUUUUUAUUAAGUUACUGUAAUGAAAACAUUUUGCGUCUCAGGAACAAAGUUGUGGGGUAAUUUUUGUACAAUUUAUAUAAAUAAAUAAAUGUCAUUUGUUAAC